AGGGCUCCGACCUCAGUCCCUCCCGCCGCCUCCUUUUCCUAUUGCAGACCUCGCUUGCCCCUCUUGCUUAGGUCCCCUUCGCCACCUCCUCCCCCAUCCCCGGGCUGACCGGGACCCUGCCCCUGCGCGCCUUCCCGGGUUCAGCUCCGGCUUCCAUUUUUUUUUUCUCUGCUUUCUGAAAAGCCAGUGGGAAGGGGCGAGGACGACCUGCUGCUCCGCCCCGGCUUCUCCCGGGCCACGCCGCUCGCCGGUCCGCGCCCCUGCCCGGGAGAAGCACAUGGAGAGCUAUGGACCAGGCGAGCGGACUGGACCGGCUCAAGAUCUCCUAUGGGAAAGGAGCCAGGAGGAAAAAUAGGUUCAAAGGCUCAGACGGAAGCACGUCAUCCGACACCACCUCCAACAGCUUCGUCCGCCAGGGUUCGGCAGACUCCUACACCAGCCGUCCAUCCGAUUCAGAUGUGUCUUUGGAAGAGGACCGGGAGGCAGUACGUAGAGAAGCUGAGCGGCAGGCCCAGGCACAGUUGGAAAAAGCAAAGACAAAACCUGUUGCAUUUGCAGUUCGGACCAACGUCAGGUACAGCGCGGCCCAGGAGGAUGACGUCCCGGUGCCAGGCAUGGCCAUCUCCUUCGAGGCAAAGGAUUUUCUGCAUGUUAAGGAAAAAUUUAAUAAUGACUGGUGGAUAGGACGAUUGGUCAAAGAAGGCUGUGAAAUCGGAUUUAUUCCAAGCCCGGUCAAACUAGAAAACAUGAGGCUACAGCAUGAACAGAGAGCCAAGCAAGGGAAAUUCUACUCCAGUAAAUCAGGAGGAAAUUCUUCAUCCAGUCUGGGUGACAUAGUACCUAGUUCCAGGAAAUCGACACCGCCCUCAUCUGCUAUAGACAUAGAUGCUACUGGCUUAGAUGCAGAAGAGAAUGAUAUUCCAGCAAACCACCGCUCCCCUAAGCCCAGUGCAAACAGUGUAACGUCACCCCACUCCAAAGAGAAAAGAAUGCCCUUCUUUAAGAAGACAGAGCACACUCCUCCUUAUGAUGUGGUACCUUCCAUGCGGCCAGUGGUCCUCGUGGGCCCCUCUCUGAAGGGCUAUGAGGUCACAGAUAUGAUGCAAAAAGCACUGUUCGAUUUUUUAAAACACAGAUUCGAAGGGCGGAUAUCCAUCACAAGAGUCACUGCUGACAUCUCCCUCGCCAAACGUUCAGUAUUAAACAACCCCAGUAAGCAUGCAAUAAUAGAAAGAUCCAACACAAGGUCAAGCUUAGCCGAAGUUCAGAGUGAAAUUGAAAGGAUUUUUGAACUUGCAAGAACACUGCAAUUGGUAGUCCUUGAUGCAGAUACGAUUAAUCACCCAGCUCAACUCAGUAAGACCUCUUUGGCCCCUAUUAUAGUGUAUGUAAAGAUUUCUUCUCCUAAGGUUUUACAAAGGUUAAUAAAAUCUCGAGGGAAAUCGCAAGCAAAACACCUCAAUGUCCAGAUGGUAGCCGCUGAUAAACUGGCCCAGUGUCCUCCGGAGUCAUUUGAUGUGAUCUUGGAUGAGAACCAGCUUGAGGACGCUUGUGAGCAUCUCGCUGACUAUCUGGAGGCCUACUGGAAGGCCACCCACCCACCCAGCAGUAACCUCCCCAACCCUCUCCUUAGCCGAACGUUAGCCACUUCAGCUUUACCCAUGAGCCCCACCCUAGCCUCUAAUUCACAGGGUUCUCAAGGUGAUCAGAGGACUGAUCGCUGUGCUCCCAGGUCUGCUUCCCAAGCUGAAGAAGAACCUUGCCUGGAACCAGUCAAGAAAUCCCAGCAUCGUUCUUCCUCCUCAGCCACACACCAAAACCACCGCAGUGGGACAGGUCGCGGCCUCUCUAGGCAAGAGACGUUUGACUCUGAAACCCAGGAGAGCCGAGACUCUGCCUAUGUGGAGCCAAAGGAAGAUUAUUCACAUGAACACGUGGACCACUAUGCCCCACACCGCGAACAUAACCACAGAGACGAGACCCACAGCAGCAAUGGCCACAGACACAGGGAGUCUCGCCACCGCUCUAGGGACACGGGUCGAGAGCAGGAUCACAACGAGUGCAACAAGCAACGGAGCCGGCAUAAAUCUAAGGAUCGCUACUGUGACAAGGAAGGGGAAGUGAUAUUCAAGAGAAGGAACGAGGCCGGCGAGUGGAAUAGGGACGUCUACAUCCGCCAAUGACCGUGUGUGUUCCUGCCCCCAAAUUUUGUGUAUCAUCCUUAAGCAAAAUCUCUGGGGGCUACAUUGCAACCAUCUGUGACCUGUCCUGUAUAUUGUAUUGCUGUUGCUUCAAUAGCAAUAGCAUGCAACCAAGUAUUAAUAUACGUUCUCUUGAAAGUACCACAUACAUUGGCCUAGUACAGCUACAGUCCUCCAUCUUUAUCCCGGACUCUCCAAAAGCAGUUUGGGGCUGCUGCCACUUAACAGAGUGGCUUCAGAAAUGCAGUUAAUGUAUCCAGUGAGCCAGAUGCAGCACAGAUAACAAGUGGAAUUGCUCCAGAUUUUUAAUACCCAGAUACCUGACCCGUCAUUCUUUCAUGGACCACUGUUUCUUGCUUGUACCUCUGGCUGACUAAAUUUGGGGACAGAUUCAGUCUUGCCUUACACAAAGGGGAUUAUAAAGUUAGAAUCUAUUUUCUAUGUACUAGUACUGUGUACUGUAUAGACAGUUUGUAAAUGUUAUUUCUGCAAACACCUUAUUAUAAUUAUAUAUAAUAUAUAUAUAUAUCAGUUUGAUCACAAUAUUUUAGCGUAUUAAUGCCAAGUCAGCAGAUUUGCUUUAUGAAUCACAGGGACUAGAAAUGCCCACAUUCAGGAAAUUUCUAACAACAUUGUCUAGACACCUCUCCCCAUUCUAGAAGAGAGCCUGUACAUAUUGUAAAUAUGUGUGGUUGUUUGACUUGAGGUUUGAUUUCUGAAUGUUAGCCCAUCCAUUUAAGUUUUUAAUUUUAACCAUAAAUUAUGGUGAUUAUAACCAAACUCCAGAGGAUUUUCUACUCCAUACAGUCCACACUGAUUGUGACAAACACGUUUUUAGCAGCUAGUGUCUGUGAUAGUCACUGCACUGGAACCCGCCAUGUGCACGCGUGUGAGUGUGUGAGCGACUGGAAAAGUGGAAUGCAGAACUCGAGCUGACGGCCGAGUCCCGGCCACCUGGCUUAGGAUUUAAUUAUGUUCCAUGUUGCUUUAAAACCCAUUGAGCAGCCAGGGAAUGUGAAGAAGCUUGCUGCCAAAGGUAACUAGGAAAGCACUUAUCUGCUGACUCCCUGCUGGAGCUCCUGACAAGAGAAAACACGGGCAUCUUGGACUGUGCGUGUCCCACUGGAAAUGUACAACCUUGUGUGUCAGCGUAUUUUGUUUUAGUAAGAAAUGUUUACACAGCUUGUGCAAUUAUUUCGUAGGGAAAUAAAUUUUUUAUAACUUAUCCCACUUCACUUUCUAACCUUGCCUAUUGCUCCUGUUGUUUAUCUCCAGUUACCUGCUGGUCUUCUCCCAGAAUCAACCCAAACAGUUUCACUGUCUGUCAGAACCCAGAAGUGCUCCUUAUAACCAAAGUUUCUGCUAAAUCGUUAGAACCUAUCAGGGCAAAAUGGAAUGACUUGAAGCAAAAAAAUUCAAUACUUUCUUACAUGAGACACUUACUCUGAAGAAAAACCCAGAAGACACUUUCUUCAUGCUUCAAUUUGCCUGCUCUAAGAAGUAUACAAUGCUCUCAUGCUAAGGCUAGCAAACCUCUGUAUCUCUCAGGAGUCCAGUGCUGAUGGCUAAGUUAGACUGUAUUAGUUGCAUGGGCCCUAGCAUUUGAAGUUUUUCCCAGGAAAACACCUAUUUGUGAUUAUCCAACCAGAUUCAUAUAUUACUAAAAAAAUAAUUGUUCUAAUAAAAUAUUUUUUGAUUAGUUUCCUGGAUAUUCCAGGUUCUUCCCAAAUACUUCUAGGCAUUUAUGAGUAAAGCAGUUUUUUAUUUAAAGCAGUUUUAUGCUUAAUACUUUAUCCUAUACUCAAGAAAACAAAAGCAUUUAAAAUAUGAAUUGCAAACACUAUUUUACCAGUGUUUUAGUGGCUUGUCAAAUGAAAUUUUCCCCUUAGAAUCAGCACUAUACUACUUACAGAAUUUACAGACUAUACCCAAAUUAAUAUCUACUCAACUUAAGACUGUUCUCAUAAAAUAAAAUGUACACAUUUGUCGCAGAUGUUUGGCAGUAAAGUAAUCCGUUCCUGUGUGUUAUUUCAUCCCAAGGAAUGUCUCUGAGGCACUCAGACUCACGAAGGAUGGCGUUUCUCUCACUUGCUGUCAGUCAUCACUCAUCCCUUUCAAAGAAUAGUUCUAGAAGUGUCCACCUGGUCAAUUCUGCACCCAAUCUGUAGGUCCUCGCUUUAACAUGAAUAUGUUUGUGCACAUCAAAGCAUUCCUCUAUUCUGCUGAAGGAGCGGACAUAGCGCACGCCUGUAGAAAACUGCACAGUGGGUCUAUGUCAGCAGUGUAGGACACAUCUAGAAAUAAGAAAAUAAUUCCAAGGAAGCUGGGGGUAUUUACUGACUUGGGGAAUGUAAUGCCAGGCUUUGCACAAUCAAAGACUCAAUCUUAACGUACUCAGUUGUAGAAUUCUGACUUCUUUUUUCUGUAUUCAAGCCAGAAAGUGAUGGAAAUGGAGUUAACAGUGUUAUUCUCCCAUGUCAGUCAUUCAGCUUUUCCUAGGCUCUUUCUCUACUGCUCUUAACUUACUGACUCCAAGAAAGGUGCUGCUAAGCGUAGGAUGUCUUAUAGUCACACUGUACUUCGAGACAAUGCCACAUUUUAACAUGGUCUGCUCUGCAUUCCUGUUAAACAAACACUCAUUGUCACGACCCUGAACUGUUUAACGAACUUGGUUUAAAGUCCUUCAUGGAAACAAAGAGCUGGCAUCUACACUGUUUACCAGCGGUGUUCAUUGCCAUCUAAGGAAUGAAUAAGUCAGAUCCCACACUUACCAUGUGGAAUAUCUUUAUCCAGCCAAUGCCAAUAUCCCCUGGUGUUCUUUUGGCAAUCUUCUCUCCAUGUCUAAUUUAAGAAAACAAUAAAAAAUAAAAAAAAAAAAACAAGGUAAGUAGAAAAUUUUUACAGUGUAAACCAGAGAGGCAUCCUCUUCCCACCUUAUUCAAACCUGUAGAAUAAUUCAGAUUCCUACUUAGAAAUUAUCUCAUGGUUAAGAGGCCCCACAGCUUCCCCGUCUGCUCCGUGAGGUGCUGCCACUCCUCCUUGAUGCUCUGGUCUUACUCCAGCCAAUGUCGUACUGCUGGCGCUCGGUCUUACUAACUGCUUUACUUCACUUUGCUCUAGAAACUAAAAUCUAACAUAGGAUUUUCAUUAACAUGUAUUUACCACUGAAUUAAAUAUUUUUCUGUUUUCAUAGAAAUAAUCUAUAUUAAAACUAUGUUUAAAAGGUAUGGUAAUAUCCUCCCACGUGUCCCUGAUUGUUUUCAUUUAUUGCACCUUUUUCUAACAUUUUUGGGUCCUUGAAGAAUGUGCGGUUUGCUUUCAAAUUUGAGGGAAUAAAUCCACUGACAAAGGCCCAUGUUAAUAGGAAAGCUGUUAACAGUAUUCUGUGUCCUUGAUGUUUUAAACACAAGCAGAGUUGUCUUUUGUUAGCUCUGCAGGUACUCUGGGUUUACUAGGAUGGUUAAAAGUUGACACCAUGCAAAUUUGCUGCUAGGCUAUUUCUCUCUCAGUCUCACCCCAGCUUAGCACAUAACGAUGUACAGAGAGCAGGGGAAAAAAAAGCAAUGAUUAUGGCAUUGCUUAAACUAGAGUCUUUUAAAACCAGAGGGGUUACACUGAGUCCCAGAAACAGAAGUACUACGAGGAGAUGGUGUUUCUCUUUAGUCAAAAUAGCACCUACUGGACACAGGCAAAAUGAAAGAUGGGAAGAGUUUGCUUAUACACUUGAAUCUUAGGAAAUUCAAUAUAAAUUUUCA